CUUUUCCACCCUUUCUCACAGUCCAAUAAGAAUAUCGUACCCGAAAGAAGCAUCAUGAGAAGCGCCGCGCUCUCGGCCCUGCUCAGUGUUGUGGCUCUUGCUUCGGCUCUGGCAACUCCAAGGAACUACUGUGAGCAGCAGGAGUUCCUCGGAUAUGCACAACAGAGGCCCUCCUCCAGUUCCGCCUCAACUGUCGCCCCAAGCAAUACACCUUCUUCCACUCCUGUCUCAGCUGCCGCCUCGACACCGAUUGUUCUUUCGCCCAUAGUUCCUCCUAAUAUCAAUCAAAACUCCCUUGAGCAUGUCGCCCCAACAAUCGACGAGCCAACCAGUCUCUAUUUCCAGGGCAGUGGGGGUGAUGAGAUCGGCUACUCAGCUGUAACAAAGGCCAAUUUCAAUGCUCCGUCCGUGAUGAUAGACCAUUGCGGCUAUGCUGAUGCUGUCUACUCAGACGGCCAACUCAUCGUCAAGUUCACGUCGCCCGAGGGCUACACUGCAGCCAAAAACCAAUGGGGAGUUCUUAACGAGCUGUACAUUCUGACGCACACACCUGGCUGCGGGAAUUACGCCGACGGAGAAUACUGUUUCUUUUCCGCAACCAAAUUCUCUUAUGACGACAGGACCACUACCAUAACCUGCUAUGGGGCACCGAAACUUAUGAAUGAAGUCGUUGACACUUACCAGGUUGAUUUCGGGCACGGUGACCCAGGCGAGUACUUUGGUCUCGGAAAAAGUACCGAUGACUGGAUUGAUCCUAAUGGCGAUACCGGCAACAAUCAAGACACAGCUAAUUUCCCUCCCGCUUGCCACGCUCCCGUAGAUGAUAAGUUCAACCUCCCCACCGCUUGUUUGGGUCCCUACUUUGAUGGGGACAUCGAUGAUAUCAUCGGAUACGAGGAUGGUACCCAGUCUUCAUGGGCUUCCAAAGUCCAAAAUUCCAUUCACACGGUUGACUCAGAUGAUCUCCCGGGGAAUGGCCACGCAUUAUCAAAGAAACGUUUCAAUUUCGGGAGCGCUUUCUCGAGUUUGGGGAGCAGCAUCGGCAAUGGCUUCAAGAGCUUUGGCAGCCUUGUGAACAAUGCAGUUAUCGCUCCGGCAGCAAAGACGGCACAGCAGAUCGGCACUGCGGUGAAACAAACGGGAGAGACAGUAGGCAACGCGGUAAAGCAGACGGGAGAGAAAGCAGUCAACGCGGUAAAACAGACUGGAGAGACGGCAGUUAACGCCGUAAAACAGACAGGAGAGCAAGUAGGCAAUGGGGUACAACAGACAGGGCAGCAGGUGGGCAACGGGAUAGUACAUACGGGGCAGCAAGUUGGCAACGGAAUAGUACAGACGGGGCAGCAGGUCGGCAACGGGAUAGUACAGACUGGACAGCAGGUCGGCAACGGGGUACAACAAACAGGGCAACAGGUCGGCAAUGGGAUAGUUCAAACGGGACAGCGAAUCGGCAACGCUAUAAAACAGACGGGACAGAAGAUCGGCAAUGGGGCAAAAGAACUCGUCACGGAAAAGAUCAUCCCUGCCAUCACAAAUCUGGGCAUAGAGUUUAGCCUGGGAAGCCGCACCGUUGAGUUCCAGGUGCCUCGCGAUCAGAAAGUGGACAAAGAUGCGCCUUGGCCCAACGCAAGACUACUGUAUAGAGGCAGGCAGACAGAACUAUCGAAGGAGCUCACGAGUUUUGGAAAAGGGAAGGAGAAUGCUAAGACAGAUAAAGGAAAGAACACCAAGCUAGGUGGUGCUGUAGAGGCAGCCGUGAGUGUUCACUGCGUUGACUGUGGUGUAAAGGGUAGACUCAAGUUUAGCGGGACCGCCAAGAUCGGAUUCACAUCUCUUGAUUUUAUAGUUCUGGACACAGAGAUGGACCUGACGACCAGCAUGUACGCUGGUAUCUCCGGUAACAUCGAUGCGUCUCUACCCAUUUCGACGGAGCUUGCUAGUAUUCCCAUGACCCCUAUAGUAAUACCGCCGUUCAUUGAGAUUGGACCCGUGCUAUCCGUUAGUAUCGAUAUGAUCGUCAAGGUUGGGCUAGCAGAUGCCAAAAUUCUGGCUGGUGGAACGUUGAUCUGGAAGGGAGCAAGGGCACGUUUAGGUUUUAAUAAGGGCACGGCCUCAUCAAGUAACUGGACUCCUGAGUUCAAGCCUACUCUCAAUGCUUCUGGGGAAUUUUCCGUCGGGCUCGAUUUUGGCCUUCCGAUUGAACUUCUUAUCGGUGUGACGGCCCAGAGCAAGAAAGCUUCCGUUGGGUUUGCAAUCGAAGCCCGCCCUGGUAUCGAGACCAAAGCAUCGAUUGCAGGCUCCAUCUCCAAAACCUCCGGUAGUGGCUUCGUCACGACGGUCGGUGACGAAGAGUGCCCCUUCAUCAAAACCGGUAUCGAUCUCAAGUUUGAUUGCGGCCUCUCAGUCCGGGUUGGAGAGUCCGUCAAGAUUCCUCUCAAAACAAUCGCUGCCCUUAGAAAACCAAUCCACAAGGGGUGUAUCACCAGUGGGGGGAAAUACCAGUCUCUACUCAAUCCAAGACAUCUCAUCGACCGUCAAUUAAGCCCUACCGACUCCAAAACUAUCCCAGACUUUCUUAACGCCACCCAACUCAUCAAUACGACCCUCGAAGCUAUCGCAAACCACCCCAUAGAAUCUUUCAUGUUUCCGGCAAUCCCAUCCACAGCCUACAACGACACCAAUGGCACCUCCUACAUAAGUCUCUAUGACCUUAGCCAAACAUUCCUCCUCACCAGUUGCGGCAACGGCAACCUGUACAUGCAGCUCAACGAGAAUCUCACCGCUCUCGCCGCCCAAGGCUGCGGUACCCUCUUCGCAUAUGAAACCUCAACCGAUCUCAUCUACGCCGACGGCUCCUCCCAACUUUUCUACUUCUACACCGACGAAAUGGCCAUCACCGGUGUCUCGCGUCUUCGCCACUCGGCGAUCGAAAACGUGCCCCUCAACACUGAAUAUGUAUCCUUCGCCCCCAAACUCCCACAAGUCGACCCUUCGUCUUCCCCUGAUGACCAAAAUAUAUUCUCCGACGACGAUCCCAUCUAUGUCGCCAAAACAUCCGACGGCACCUACUACGCCACCACUGUCUGCUUCUACGCCGACCCAACCCUACCUCCCAAGAUUUUCCUCAUCUCCGAUCUCGAGUGGGGCAUUGAAAUGCUUAAGAGCCCGGACGUCAAAUACAGCAUUACAGGAGGCGAUGUGACGGAUUGCUUAUACCUGCCUCUUACCAACGGGAAUGCCGAGCCUGAUGGCGCGUGGAGUGGCGUUGCGAACAAUCUGGCCUUUGAGGAGGACUGGGUGGAGGAUUGGUCAUCUGACGAUAUCUAG